GAGCGCAAAGAAAACGGGACUUUAAUCUCUUGUGUCCUCUCCCUCGCACCUUUAUCACCGCCUUUCUCUCCCAUUCCUUCCGUUCGGAGAGGCUGGAAAGGAGAAGGAAGAGAAGCCGAACGAGAAGAAGAACUACAGAAGCCGAGACGAGGAAAAUAACCAAGAGAAGAAGAAGAGAAGUGAACAGAGAGAGAAAAAAAAUAUUAGUGAGGGAAAAAUUUGCACGAGAGAGAGAAAAAAAAAGCAGGAAAAAGUGAAAAAAAAGGGAGGAAAGAAAGAAGCAGAGGGGAAGAGAGAAACGCCGAUAAUCCCCAGAGAGUGCGUGAGAAGAGGGGAUUGAUGAUGAAGGCGAGAACUAAGAGAGUUUGGGAGAGGAGGGAGGAAAUCCUUGUGUUGGGGGCCUUGCUCGUCCUACUCGUGCCUUCCGCCGCCAGCCACGGACAGAGUUGCAACCCGACAGUCCUCGAGUCAUGCUCGGAGAACGAGGUGUGCAAGGUGGAGGUGGUGGACCAGAGCGGGAUUUGCCAGUGCCUGCCGGACUUCACCUUCAACGCGCAGACGAACGAGUGUGAAGAGCCCAAACCACCCCCUGAUGACUCUCCCAGCCACCUCAGUCUCGGCCUUGGCCUGGGCAUCACCACCAUUGUCUUAGUGCUCGUGGCGCUGGCCAUUGCCCACAGAAGAUACGGAAUCCUCUCGGGGGUCUGCCGCCGCCUCCCCACGCUGCACCUGUUCGGCAAGAGAGGGGAGGAGUUCGUCGUAGACAGCGGGGACGACGACAGUCCUAUUGUAUAAUGAAGGGAGAAGGAGGAGGAGGGAGGGGGAAAUGUGAGGGGAGAAGUAGGGGAGAGGGGGGGGGGUGGAGGGGCUUGGUUUGGGGGGACUCUAGAGAAGCAAGGAACACUAGUGAAGGAACUGAUGGUGUGUGAACGGAAGUGGAAAAGGAGAAAGUGUUGUGAGAGAAAGAAUGCCUUGUUUUUUCUUUUUCUGUAAAGAGAAGUGCUAAAGAAAUGAUUGUCCAUUUUUACUUUUUUUUCUUUUCUUUUCUUUUAGGUGUCCAUACCCAUGAUUUUUGUGAUACUGUUUGAUCUUGGGAGUCUUUCAAAUGUUUGAUCGAGUUCUCAGCAGGUUACAUUGUCGUCUGGUUAUGCCGAUCACGUUUGUACUUAUCAACGAAGAAAAUGGGUUGUCUUUUAAUGAGGUCUGUUGUAUGUGUUGGAUUUCCUUUGAAAUUGCAGACUUCUCUCUUUUAAUUUUGUUGUAUGUAUUCAUUAUAAAAAGAAUUUUACAUAUAUAUACACACACAUAAAUAUAUCUAUUAUAACUUUAUGUCACGUGAAUGAUAAGCUUUUGUACCAUUGAUGUUUUUAGCAGUGUGAUUUUAUAUACAUAUAUAUAUAUAUCUUGAUUUUAAGUUAUUAAAUGUAAGAGUAUGUAUGAACCGGAAUCUCAAUAUAGAGAUUAAUCUCAGUAGGGAUACAUAUGACUUAUUGUCAUUCAGUGAUGGAGGAAAUUGCUUUGAGUUAUUUUAUGACCAUAUACUGGUAUGUCUCUGAGGAAGAGAAAUGAAAAUGACUUUAGAAUCACCGUUUUUAUUGUUACUAUCAGUACCAUUAAUAGUAUCCGUAUUAUUGAUAGUACUAUUUUGUUAUCAUUGCUUUCAUCAAAGAGCGUUUCAAGGGUUGUACGCCAGUAGAUGGAGGAAUAUAAGUCGCAAAACUAGAAAAAGAAUAUGUUUACAGAUUGAUUAUAUUCAUCCUCCUUUCUUUUCUGUAUUUUAACGUCUGAUCGUAUUCCACUUUUAGUCAGAAAGUUUUCUCUUGAUUUUUUAAACUUAGACAUUUUAGUAUUUUACAAGAGGCAUGUAGAGCUGAAGGUGUGUUUAUUCAGAGAAAUUGCUUAAUGAUUAAUGUAACUGAAGUGGGAGAGAAAAAGAAAACAAGCCAAUUGGUAAGGAUCAUGGUAUUCAGGAAGAGCAAAAGAAGUGACUGAGAGACAGACUGACUGACUGACUGACUGACUGACUGACUGACUGACUGACUGACUGACUGACUGACUGACUGACAGACAGACAGACAGACAGACAGACAGACAGACAGACAGACAGACAGAC